AUGGAAAGUUCAAAAACCAUUGAUACUCCUAUUGCCAAUGCCACACGUCUGGACAUGGAUGAACCUGGUUCUCCUGUGAACGAAACCAUGUACAGAGGUAUCAUCGGGUCACUCUUGUAUCUCACAGCUAGCAGACCUGAUAUUGUAUUCAGUUUGGGAUUAUGUGCUAGAUUUCAAUCAAGUCCAAAGGAAUUUCAUCUGAAAGCUGCCAAGAGGAUUCUAAGGUAUCUCAAAGGAACACAUGACCUGGUACUCUACUAUCCUUCAGGAGAUAAUUUUGACUUAAUUGGGUAUGCUGAUGCUGGUUAUCUAGUGGAUAGAAAGAGCACAUCUGGCAUGGCAUAUUUUCUGGGGUCAUGCUUAAUCUCAUGGGGUACAAAGAAACAAAACUCUGUGGCUCUUUCAACUGCAGAAGCUGAAUAUGUGGCAACUAUUUCUUGUUGUGCUCAACUGUUGUGGAUCAAGCAAUAA